CCUCUGCAGUGAAGCGACAGCCAGGGAGGGCAGCAAUGGAGGAGCCAGCAGUGCAGCAAGAAAAAAUAGAGAAAUCACAGGAACGAGGGGAGGAUAGAAGAAAGGCAGAUUGGAAAAAUGAAUGCUCCUUCUCAGAUUUGCUUAAGCAUUCGUGCUUUAUAUGUUGGUCAUCUCCUGGAGACACAGAUGUCAUAGAAAUGGAUGACCGAGUCCUGGCCAAGGCAGCCGAGAUCAGAGUAAGACCGCAGCACCUGCCUCUGGAGCUGGAAAAUGCAUUAGCAGUGGAGAACAUGGAACUUCAGGAGCAGCAAUCAGACUGUAAGGACUUAGAAGAGACCAUGGUGAAAUUUGAGAAACACAAAGAAAAACUGAUCCAGCAGAUAAAGGCAACCAGACAGCUCUGCUAUGAAGAAAGUCAAAAGAUACUAUCCUUGCAAGCAGAAGAAGCACAAAAUGAGAGCCAGGUGGAGGAGUAUGAAAGAGAACUUGCCCGAGCUCGGUGGAGGCUGAAAAAGCUCAGAGAGGAGGUGAAGAGAGCAAAAAGGAAGGUGGAGGAGGCUCGAGAGAGAGACACUCCCCUCCAAGACUCCAUCAGACAGUCUUAUGAAGAGAUCCUACAGGAAGAGAACACUCUGUGUUCUAUUUCAGGAGGUGGAGUGACACCUGACAGCCAGCUUGAGGAAUCAGCUUCCCCUGCAGACACAACUGAAGAUGAUCCUCUCCCGAUGAAGCCGUGGGGAAGAAGCCAAUCACUGCCUGCUUAUGCUGACCUAAUAAUGGGGGCUGGAGAUUUAUCUUUCUGUAAUAAUCUAGCAGGUACCAGAGAGGAUGAUGAAAGUGGGAGCAGCUCUACAAAGGAAAUGGAUAGAUCAGACAUGGAAGAAGAUCCAGAGAAUGGCAAGAUCCACAAUAAAAGGAAUAAUGAGAUGGAAGAAGCUUCUACUCUUAACCCAAUCCCGCUGAAUCAGCUGGACUUCUACCAAGUCAAUCUGUUUACUUACUGUCAGACAGACAAUGAUCUCUUCAAUGAGGACCUGUUUCCUAAAACAGACUCAUCUGAUGGUUUUGCCUCAGACCCUUUCAAAGGCAGUGAUCCUUUUGCAAAAGAUAUUUUCUUUCCCAGUGCUAAUAAUGAGGUGGAAAAUGAGGCAGACACCAGUUUGUCAUGUGCGGAAAAUAAAGCUUCAACUGGAACUCAGUGCUUUGAAUCUGAAUUCCCAGAUGAAGAUAGUGACAUAGAAAUCAGCUACAGCAGAGAAGACUUGGAUGUCAUUGCUGUUGUUGAUGAUUCCAGUGGAUUUAAACCCAUUCAGAGCUCAUCAGAAGAGUUCAUGCCAGAACCAACCCUGGAGAGGAAGUGUCCAGGUCAGCAUUCCAUAGAAUCAGACCCGAGUGGGUAUGAGCUGGAUCUCUGUCCUGUCUCCUCACCCUCUAAAAUAGAGUUCCACCAUGAAUUUCUAGCUGAGGAGGCUACCACGGCGGACACGGAAGGACCACAAAAUCCCAGCUGUGUUUCAACUCAGGUUGUCAGUCAUCGUCGCAGUGACAAUUUGAUGUUCGAAUCCAAAUGGAUAAGUGACUUAAAGCAAACUGAUCCUCAAGAUUUACCUCCCAGUGAGGUAACAGAAGGGGUAGAAAACACUACAGAGGAACCCAGAAAAGUAGAAUACCCCCACAAUCCAAACGCAUUUCAGAACCAAGAUGUUAUUAAACCUGACUCUCAUCAAACUGAUUUAGAUUUAAGCUAUAAUUCAGCCAGUCCACCUUGUUUUGACCCCUAUGGGUUUAAACUCAGUCCAGAGAACUCUAGUCACACUCUAGUAGAUCCUGAUGAAGCUGAGCUGAGCCCAGAACAAGCGGAAAAUAUUAUCUUUGAUGAUCCCUCAUCGCCUUCACCUUAUGAGCAAAAUUUUGAUCCCUAUGGGUUUGACAUCUCUGCCUGUCAAAUUGUGUGUGACUCUGACCCUUAUGGCUUUAAACUCAGUCCUGAUGAAGAGAACCAGGUGGUUUUAGACCUUUGUGGCAAUGGUGACCUGGUAGCAACCUAUGAAAAUAAUGAAGAAUUGGAGAACUUCAACUAUGCCAACCAGGAAGUACUGAAUGCUCAGACAUAUGAAAACCGAGAGGUCCUUGAAGAGAGUGACUACAAUUUUCAGAAAUUCAUACAUUAUAGAAGUACUGGAAACCAAGAAGUGUUAGAGCCACCUAAUUCAUUCAACAAGGAGCUUGUUACCCAGGAAAAAAGGGAACUUGUGGAUACCUAUUCUCAUGAAAAUCAGGAGGUAGUGAAGACCUGUCCGAAUAUCAACAAAGACAAUUUACCUGAACCUUGUAAUUAUGAUAAUCAAGAGGUGCUAGAAAGAGAUAACGGUGGCAACCAGGAACUACAAGGAUUUUCAUAUCCUGAAAACCAGGAAGUUUUGGAUUUAGAUAGUCACGAAAAUCAAGAGCUUCUGACUUUUUAUGACCCAGAAAAUCAGGCCGUACUUGUCUCAAAUUGCCAUCAUAACAAGGAACCACAGAAUCUCACCAUGAUUGAAAAUCAGGAAUUGCUAGAUUUACAUAGCCAUGACAACCAAGAGACACCCGACAUGUACAGUCAUGAAAAAGUAGCCAAGGUAAAAGGAAAUCAAGACAUUGUUGAAACAGAACUCAAUCUCAGUUUUUCCAAUAACAGCUCAGACAGUGAUCUAGAAUCAAACAACAUUCAAAGAGUGGAACUUGGCCGCACAGAUGUCUCUUCUACCAACACCGCCAAUAUUACUACAACUGACACACUUAACAAGGCCAUCAGCAGAAUGUCAGCCAAACAUGACUCAACUAUUUCUGAUUCCCCAAACAAUCAGAUUUUGUUUGGAUCUGAUCUGGGAUCAGUAUUUGGUGCUGGAGGAUACAUUGGUUGUCCGGAUGUAGCUGAUGAUUUGGAACCACUGAAAAGAAGCCAAGACAAACCACCAAAAUCAGCUCCAGAUCCAGUCCACUCUCAAAGACCUGUAAGGCCUCCAAGACCAUCUCUCAAGAACAAGGAGAAGGCCACAUCCCAGGGUAUUGACUUGAAGUGAUCUCUGCUAUGUCUGCACUGUCUUCUGACAAAGGCAAUAACAUUCUGUUUUCCUGUGAAAGAAAACAGAAUGUAGAUUAAAUUAAAAAUGGGUUACCAAACAGAAAAUAUUAAUGGAAAAAAUUUAGCAUUAUAUAGAAAGUACAAAUAUGUUAUUGUGGAGUUACAUGUGUCCAUGCCAGUAAAUUACUUGUCAUUCAGAAAUCAGAGUUAUUCAGGUGGAAAAGAUGUAAAAGUACUGGACCAGUUGACUGUGAAUACAUUAUUUGUGGGAAAUGUAUAUCAUUCCAGAGAGACACCAGAGAUGUGUAUGUACAUAGAUGAAUUAAUUAACUCUAAAAUUGUGACUUGGAGAAUAAUUGUCAAUGAGUAGUUUAGGCUAAAACAGUGAUAGAAUGUGGUCAGAGCACGGAGGGGCCUCCACUGAUCAGUCACUCCAUAUUGUGUACUUUUAAAUGUGACACUCAUCCUGAUUCAGCCUCGGUCAUUGCUUUGCAUGAAAAUUUACUCUAUUAUAUCCUGAACCGCACAGCUGUUAAAACACACCUCAAUAUCGCUAUACAUGUUGCUCCAGAGUUUAAGUUGUUUUUUUUGUUUGUUUUUUUUUUAUAGGGGAAUUUUUCUGCCAUAUUCCAAGAGCAGGCAUUUUCAGUCUGAAAGCAGGAUUUCAUGUUUUUUGUUCUCAAAGCAAAAAAAAUUUUUUUUUUGAAAGCAGGACUUAAUGUCGUUUUUCUCAAACAUUUACAAUCACUAAAUGUUUAGUGAUUGUACUCAAAAUUUCUCCUCCACACUUAGUCUCUGCUCCAUCUCUGCUCGCUUACAAAACCUAUAACUGCCUUUUGGCACAGUCGCCUGGCAACCUCUCAGCCAAUAGAAUGAAAGUGUUGUACAGGGUGUGUUUGUUUCUUUCUAGAGCGUGUGCCUGUGUGGCUACAAUCGACUGUAGUAACCUGCUCCACACACUGGAAGAAGAAACAACGAACGUCAGCUUUCUGCUUCGUCGUACACUAAACAUCCACCAGCAGUGUGCUACUGACCGUUAACAGCUACUGAUCUUAGGCAGGAUUUUGUUCACCCAACCAAAGACAACAUAGUCAUGACAAGCAGGGCCGGCCCAAGCCUCCAUGGGGCCCCAGCCAAAAUGUAGUUUUGGGGCCCUCUAGAUCUGCUAACAAUGUGAACUGGCUGCAAUCAGCAGUCCAAUCAUUAGAUCAUUCACACACCUGCUAUAAACCUGUUGCAUCUCUGGCAGUGCUGUUUACAUCAUAUACAUGUGUAAUAGGAUACAUUUAUUGGAAACUGAUUUAUCAACCAGUUGAUUUCUGGGCACCGAUUUCCUUAAUUUUGGGGGAUCGUGAUCGGCUGAUACUUGCAUGUGAAGCUGAUCUUUUCCCCUGAUCUUAUCUUCAUCAGCAAAUGUUUAAAUAUCAGCCUCUGUCCUCUUCUGUUCUACAGUGAGCAGACUGACUGAGAAUUGAACGUUUACAGUUAAUUUUCACCCCUCUGUUGUCAAUUCAAUGACAUUCCUGCUAUAUUUAGCAACAUUUCAGACAAAAAAAAUUAAUUUCAGUCAAACUCAAAAUCGGCAGGUCAGGCUCUUUAAAGAUCCGCGGAUUGUCCAGAAAACUGUAAUCAGUGCAGCCGACAUUCCUUGAUUGAAUAAAUUUCUUUCAAGCGUUACUCCAAUAGCUGAAAAUGUGAUUUACACCAGGUGAGUCUUUCUUCCCUGGAAUGUGGAUUGGUACCGGUACUGGACUGAUUCUGUGCCUACAAAUGAUUUCAACAGAAGUUUCACAUAACUUAGAAGAUGAUGUAAAAAUAAUGUUUUAAAACAAACAGCCACAAAAUGAUUUUUCUCAGCAGCAAACAACAUAUCCCCAACUGCAGCAUAGAGUAGCUCAUCGAUGUAGCAAGUCAUUUAGCUAGACAAUGUCAAUCAUUGAGAAGUUUUAAUUGUUGUUAUCAAACACGGCAUUUUGAAGCCAAAAUACUUCAGAAAUAUACAGAGCCUUUAUAUAUCUUUAUAUAGGUAGAGCCCUAAAUCUAAAUGGUAAAACAGUCAAAGCAAAUGGUAGAAAAACAUUUUAAAUUUCCCAAAUUAUAUAUAGAAGCGCCCAGCGAUUGCUCAGACCUGACAAAUAGUAGCAAGUAUUAUUUCACUUCUUUGACACAGUAAUAAAACACAGAUAGGAUUUUAUUUGCUUAACCAAAUUGAAUCUCACACAAAAAGUCAUUUUUGUCUACCACAUUCUUAACUGAAAGCUAAAUAGUUCACGUGCAGUUAUGUGGUUGUGGACUUUUCACACACAACUUUCAUGCAACGUUGCAGAUCACCUGAGUGACACCCUUCCGCUUCAGGAUCCAUUAGACCCCUAACCAACGGGGUUACCACUGAACUUCCUGAAUCCUAGAUAUGGCUUUAUGAAAUGUUCACAGUGAGAGCCCCACAACUUUCUGCAGCCUCCAUGGACAAUGACAAUGCCAUUCCCCACCAAAGAGUCUUAUUAUUAUAGUAGUUAUUUCGUGAAGAACCAUACAAUUGUACAGAAUUCCUUUCUGUGUCACAUAAACUUUCCUCAAAAUUAUUCAUAUCUCCUAAGAAUACAAAAACCAGAUAGUGGAAGUGGAAUAUUUGAAGAGAAAUAUCAACAUAGCUGCCCUGCGACAGACUGGCGACCUGUCCAGGGUGAACCCCGCCUCUCGCCCGGAACGCAGCUGGAGAUAGGAACCAGCACCUACCGACCCCAUUAGGGAGAAGGGUGCUCAGAAAAUGGAUGGAUGGAUGGAUCAACAUAGCUCUCUGAGUGCAUUAUCUGUCUGAAGUCAAACUGUUGACAUGUGGUCAAAUGGCUGUGGGGUGUUAGUUUUUGCACAUGCUUAGAGAUCCAGAAAAUACAACAAGCUGAGCUCCUGUGACAGUUCUCAUGCUGCAGUAUGUGUUAUGGCAUAUGCAUGGUUUACAACAGCAAAGUAGAUCGGGAGAUCACAACAGAGAGGAACAAUUAUUACGAGUUCACAAUUUCGGAGCAGGAAAUAAUGACCAUCAAGAUCAAAAUUCUCAUUUAACUUUUUCAGACCAGAAGGGAGCAGGGGAGCUCAGUGUUUCAGUCGAACAGAUGUGGAAAAUGAAUAAUGAGGAAGUGGAGUUGGUAAAAUGAAAGGACAACAUUGGUGUCAUCACUUUUCCCUCUUAAAUAACCUUCAGAUUAAACACACAAUAAUUUCACAUGCUCAGAAAAACUUCACCAGGGAGAUUGUGACAAGAAGAGGCUGAGAACAAAAUGAUGUGAUUUUCAUCAGGCAACUGUGGCCAUGAGAGCCGAUCAACUUCAGCAAGUUGUUUCAUUGAGUUAACAUAGUGUGAUGGGCUGAUUUGAUAUUCCUUCCAACAAGCUAUUGAACAAAUUUACAUAAUAAAGUAGUUGUGUGGUUGAUUGGUAUGUUUUAACCAUAGCUCCAUACAGUGGGCAGCAAUUAUCUCCUUUUCAGAGUCAAAGUGCCCUGAUUUGAUUUUAGUCCUUAUAAAAUCAGCCUCACAUUUCUUGUGUUGCACUCUGUCUGGCAUGUGGGUAAUUCUGAGUGAGGUCUUAUUUAAUCAUUCAUUUACUGAUUUAUUGACUGAGAAAUGGCAAAUACUUCCAACAUAUCAGUUACAGGGGAAGAUUUUAGCAAUAGGGAAAAUCCUGAGUGGCAUAAAAUGGUGGAAAAGGAAGAGAAGAGCUUUGAAAUGGUUCAAAUGGGAAUCUGUGUGGUUUGGUCUGUAAAAUAACCUCAUUAUUCCUUGGUGGAUGUUUUACAGGAGAUUGUUAUGUAUGAUAAGUAUACAUUACCUGUGAUAUUAUGUCUCCACACUGCUCUCAAGGGGAACUUGAGUAAAAAUACUUUCAGACACCACAUGUCAAGAUGUGUGGUUUGCAGUAGUGAGGAUGGACGUGGCAGGACCCAGGAAUAGUGAAAAAUGAUUGUUUUCAAUCAUGAAUUGAUACACAAAAUCCAGGCCACACAGGUGAGCAGCGGUAAUAGUUUUGACUCUGGUAGCAACUGGAACAAACAUUCAGCAACUGAUGUAAACACAUAAAACCAAAUCCUCACACUUAAGACCUUUCGUUGGCCUACCUCAUGGCUACAUGGAAACAUUGUGAAAUGAUUGGUAGCAAAUAUUCAAUCUGUUUUUAAAGAACAUCAUGCAGCUUCACACACAACAACCAAAACACUAAAGAGUUCAACUGUAAACAGUGAGAUAUUCUCUGCUGGAUGCUAAAUGAUCUAACCUUUAGUUUGACCGUGAGACAUCAUGUGUGGAAAACAAAAACGUGUUGUUGUGAAACAUUAUUGCUUCUUGUUCAGUAUCUGAAAAUCUUUAAGCAGAUGAACAUAGUUAAACAAGCCAACCAGAUGAUUCCUUUUAUUGUACAUUAGAUAUUUUUAAGCAAAAUAUAUUUACUCUGUUAUGUACAGUAUAUAUGCAUCAUGUACACAAUGUUGGCCAGACCAAUACCAGUUUAGAACAUCUGUGUAUUGCAGAGUAAACAUCCAAUAUCUCAUUCAAGCACACUGAAGCUGCUACCGGUGCAUGGAUCUCAGACUAUGUAUUAUUUCACAGAAUUGGUUAUACUACAAAACACAGCUUUAAUUUCAGUUUUUAACCAAAUUUCACAUAAAUAUUAAAAUAUUUUAUUAUGGGACAUAAUAUUUAAACAUAAAAAUCAUGUUUGUUGGUGUGAAGAAUAUGAGAGCUUCUUUGAAAGAACAGAAGAAGGCUGGUGCACUGCCUGAUGUAGCCACUGGGGUCCAGAAUCAGUUGAGUGCAAUAGGAGCUAAAUGUUUAAUUACUCACAAAUACAUCAACUCCACAGCAGGGGCUGCAACGAGAUGGGAGCUUCUUUUCCAGGUUAUGAAAGAUUUUAUACUUUAUCUUCCUUUAAUGAACUAUUUCUUGUUAAAGUGUUCAUGAAUUUGCUGAACAAUUUUUGCAUAACCCAGUUUUAUUGUGAAAGUAACUGAUGCAGUUAGAAUCCUGACAAUAUACCACUGCUCCAAGUUACAUUACCUGACAAGGAAUUCCAAUAAAUGAACAGAACAAAUAGUUUUGUUAUGAAAUUAAAAUUUUCUAUCUAUGCAUGGUUUUUGUUACAUUUUAGAAAAUGUCUAAAACCAUCUUUUUUAUUGUUAUGUAUGCCAUGGAUUGCAAAUGCAGUUUUAACCAGAAAAUGUUACCCAUGCAGAUGAAUUGUUGACACUUUAUCUGUGCCUCCUCAUUUAGUGCUGUCUCUAUGUAUUCAUUGUUCUUUUUGUUUGUUAAAAACCAUGUUAAGUCAUGUUAAGUAAGCAAAAUUGUGUUUGAACCUGUUAGAGGAACAGUUUCCUGCUAUAAUAAUGUGUUUAUUGUCUGUCAGAUAAAAAAAACUGUUCCUGUGUAAAUGGUACAUUUUGUGAAGUAUUCCGGGAAUAAACCUGUUGGUCCAACA